GAUGAUAAAAUGUCUCACAUUUGUAAGUGAUUCUUCUGUUACAUAGUUUUUGUAUGAGGAAAACUGACGUCACCGACAAUUAUAGAAGUGAGAGCAAGUUAUGUAUCACUCAUUGGCGCAACGGCGUUGGUGGGCGUGGUGAUAUGAACUUUAGCGCUGUUCCAACCUACUUUUAGAAAAUUAGUUUUGAAAGUGCUGUGUGGCUGAUCUGUGAAGAUGGUUUUUGAAAGCGUUGUAGCAGAUUUGUUAAAUCGUUUCCUCGGAGACUACGUUGAAAACUUGGACCGAUCACAGCUGCAAAUUGGAAUAUUUGGAGGUGAUGUCGUCCUACAAGACUUAAUUUUAAAACAAAGUGCGCUUGAUGACUUAAACUUGCCGGUGAGAACUGUGUACGGGCAUUUAGGGAAACUUGUGCUGAAAAUUCCAUGGCGCAACUUGUAUAGUGCUCCCGUAAUAGCGAGCAUUGAGAGAUUAUUUCUCUUGGUUGUCCCCAAUCAGGAAAUAAAAUAUGAUGCAGAGAAGGAAGAGAAGUGGAAGCAGGAUGCGAAACAGGCCGAGCUGCAGCGCAUCGAGGAAGCCAAGAAGCUGGAGAAGGGGAAAGAUAAGGAAAAGCUGCCGAGUACAUUCACCGAGAAGCUGGCGGCGCAGAUCAUAAAGAACGUGCAGGUGUACAUCCAUGACAUCCACAUACGGUACGAAGACAGAUACACCUGCCCACAGCGGCCGUUCUCGGUGGGUGUGACACUGCACAAUCUAUCGGUGCACAGCACCGACGACAAAUGGAACGAGUGCAUUGUGCAAGACGACUCACCCAUGUUCUACAAGGUGCUUGUGUUGGAGUGUCUGGCUGUGUACUGGAACUGCAAGACCAGAUCCUUCCCAGAUAGUGCGGGUGACCACAAAGCGCUGCUGACGGAGUUCCAGGAUAGCAUCUGCUCGAAGGAAAAGGCUCCACGGGGCUUCAGUUACAUGUUGGGACCAAUAAAUUCAUCAGCAAAGUUACGUAUCAACCCUAAGCCCGAACAGGAUGGCUCCAACUUCAGUAUACCGAAGAUGCUGCUGGACUUUGCUCUGGAGAAGCUGUCAGUAGGUGUCAGCAAAGAGCAGUACCAAGACUUGAUUGAGCUUCUGGAGUCCAUGGACCGCAUGAACCGUGCUGCCCAAUACCGGAAGUAUCGCCCCCAUUUGAGUUCCUAUCGAGGCCACUACAAGCAAUGGUGGAAAUUUGCAUACCAGUGUGUGCUCGAGGAAGAAGUGCGGCGGCGCCGUCGUAACUGGAACUGGGAGCACAUGAAGGCACAUCGGACGAUGUGCAGGCAGUAUGCCGAGCUGUACAAGGCGAAGCUCACAAAGGGCUCGAAGCUGCCCACCGACCAGCAGGCGGCGCUCGACCGCUGCGAGAAGGAGCUCGAACUCACCAACAUCGUCAUCAUCCGCCAGAGGGUAGAGGUGGAGGCAGAGCGAAUUUUGGCGGCAAAGAAGCAGGCUCAGAAGCAGCAGAGCUGGUUUGGCGGUUUCAGCUGGUGGGGGAGCAGUCCCAAACUCGAAGAGGACACACUCUCUGCGGCAGCCAUCGCAAAGAAAUUCGAAGAUGCGAUGACACCGGAAGAGAAGGCGAAGCUGUUCCGAGCGAUUGACUACCAGGAGAAUGCGGCCCCACCUCAGUAUCCCGUGGAGUUUGUGGAGCUGAGUGCACAGUUUACACUGGGAAGUCUGCAGGUGGAGGUUCGCGAUGACGCGUACACCACACCUCGGGUGAUGCUGGCCGACUUGGCGGGUGUCAGCGUCAGCUUGAAGAGGCGGCCGGCCGCUCAGGCCCUGAGGGUCGACGUAGCUGUCGGGCAGUUCACAGUGUUUGGGCUGGACACGGGAGAGCAGAGGCCGCAGCUUAUCAGCUCCACAAACUUAGCAGGCGGGAAGGUUGCCCUUCUAAACGUGUUGUUCGAAACUAAUCCUCUGGACGGAAGGUGCGACCAGCGUAUCCACGUCAGUUCGAGACCCCUGCAAGUCGUGUACGAUGCAUCGACAAUUAAUAAAUUGGCGGACGUCUUCAAGCCUCCGGCAGAGUCGAAUGCUAUUUCCCAAUUGCAGGCUGCAGCCGAGUCUCGACUGUCAGAGCUGAAGGAGAUGUCGGCCACGGGUUUGCAGUAUGCCAUCGAGAAGCACACUGUUCUCGAUCUCAAGGUGGACUUCAUGGCAUCGUACAUUCUCAUCCCUUACAGUGGUACAUAUAGGGGAAAUGAAGACUUGCUGGUACUUGACCUGGGUAGCUUCACUAUGGCGUCUAUCACGCGGGACCCGUCAUCCAAGCAGACGGUUCAAGAGCUCCAUUCCCAGGGCACAGCCGAGGAAGAAAUAAUGCAGGCCAUCCUCUCGCAAAGCUAUGACAAAUUUAAAAUAGAGCUGAAGGAUGUGCAGAUACUGGUGGCACUGGCAGGUGAACCGUGGAAAGAUAUCAUAGACAAAAACAACAAGAGCUCGGUGAUGCACUUGCUGCACCCGACGACGCUGCAGGUGAACCUGGACAAGUGCCUCAUCACCGACGACCCGCGGCUGCCCAAGCUCAAAGUCUCGGCCCAGCUGCCCAGCGUCUCACUCAAUGUGACAGAUAUGCGACUUCUUCACUUGAUGGCAAUUUUUGCGAGUAUCCCAUUUCCCACCGAAGAAGAGAUACCUGCCCCGAUCCAGGAAACUGGAUCGAGAUCAUCGAGCACAUCUGCUGUUGCCAAAUACCUUGAAUUUGAAGCGCGCAAACCGAGGCAGAGAGAAGACUCCAAGGUGCCAUCUGAUGAAUUGGUUCAGGCUGUAGAUCUGGAAGUAAAAUUUGUGAUGAAAGAAUUCGUGAUGUCAAUGUACAACCAGCUGAACAUGAUGGAACCUGAGUCCGAUGCCAGUGGGAAUGGUGAAACUGCUCAAAAGCUGUUCACUUUCCGGAUGCUCCACCUGGAGUUCGAGAUGGUGGACCAGACAUUCGAUAAGACGGUUAUGCUGCGGCUGGGUGGGCUCGACUUCGACCUGAACGACCCCGUGUCCGGGUCGGUGCGCGUGCUGGACACGCCGAUGACGGCAGGGGAGCUCGAGUACCUACUCACUGUCAAGUACACCAGUGUGGACCGUCUGUCUCCGGAGCUGCACACGAAGCACGGCUCGGUUCUGCAGCUGGUGGCCAUCAGCUUCACACGGCUGACAGUGCUGCUCCACCAAGAGGGGCUGGCAGCCUUCCUCGAGUACUUGCAGCGGCUCCAGGCAGUGCUGGAGAGGACGCAGGAGAGAGCGGCACGCGCCAGCGGCAAGCUGCCCUCGCGCCCGGCCGAUGCCGGCAAGCUGGAAACCAUCACCGAAGAUGAGGAGAUGAAGCCUGUCGCACUACCGAAGCCCUCUAGCGCCAAGCGUUCUCGGAGGACCACACAUGUUAUUGAGACCAUAGACUUCAAGGUGACGGCCAGCAUGCACAACCUGGAAGUUCGCGUUACGUGCAGAGCGAGACCUCUCGCCUCUGCCGCACUGCUAGGUGUCGAUGCGACGAUGGCCGUAAAGAAGUCUUACAAGGAGAUAAUUGCCCACCUUCGCAACAUAACUGUCAACGACCCCAAUCCUGAGUCAUCCCACAGCCAGAUACUGUCUGUAGUUGGAGAAGAAGCACUGUCUGCACGUGUGGUGAUCUUUGACCUGGACGAAGCUGUCGAUACCUCAGACAAAGUGGAUAUGUCUGUGCGAGUGUCGAUGGCCUGUGUCAAAGUCGUCUUCCUCAACUGGUUUGUCACCACGAUGCUGAACUUCCUGAGCAGCUUCCAGCAGGCGCAACAGAGCAUUAUUGACGCAGCGCACGAUGCAGCAGAGGCGGCGAAGCAGAACGUGCAGCAGGCCUACACCAAGGCAGUCCGCAUUUCAUUGGACGUAGACCUCCAGGCCCCUAUUGUAAUCGUCCCUACAAAUUCGAAGAGUGCCGAUGCUAUUAUGCUGGACUUUGGUAAGCUGACUAUCAAGAACAAAUUCCACAACAUAACUACAGAGGAUAAAUCUGGACAUGUUGCCGUUAUCGACGACAUCCGCCUGGGACUUGUCGACCUGAAGGUGGCAAGGGUGGCACUGGACACCUCCGUGGACAAAAUAGUCAGAGAAUGUGUGCUGCUGCAGCCCAUCUCGCUGGUCCUCGCAGUCAAGAGGAACCUGUCAGCCGGCUGGUACAAGAACGUGCCUGACCUAGAGCUCCAGGGCCGGCUCGAUACUGUCCAGGUAACUCUGAGCCAAGAAGAUUACUGUAUGGUGAUGCGUGUCCUGACAGGAAAUCUCGCUGAGGGUCAGCCUGAGCAACCGAAGCCGACAGUCAAAAGUAAGCCAUCUCAGACAGAUUGGGAGUUUGGUGGAACGUCCCGAAUGGAUCAGAGGCCUACCACGCUCAAUGUUCCUCAGAUAUAUCAGAAACCAUCAGUCUCAGAUUCACAAGCAGAAGCAGAAGCUGAAACCGCCGCAGUGACAACAUCUCUCAAGUUCACGUUCACGAUGGAAAACCUCAUCAUUGACCUCUACACUGGUGGACUGAAAGCUCUGGACGGGCCGGACUCUCCGCUGCGCUGCGACAAUGCGGGCCUCGCUCGCUUCACGCUGCAUGUCCUGUCACUGAAGGGCCACAUAAGGUCAGACGGCUGCAUAGCUGUAUCCGCUCUGCUGGUAGACUGUAUGCUCGACGAUACGAGAUUCGGCCGGGAGAAGGCGCUGACGCGCCUGAUGCAGCGAAAGAAGGGGACCGCUCCGGAAGCGUCUCCCGUCAAGAGUGGUUCACCGGCGAGAGGGACGCCACCUACGGAAGGUGCCUUCCGCUCCAUGCUGGACCUCACCUACCAGCAGAAGGAUGGCGACAGCUUCGUGGACGUGCGGGUGUUCGGGUUUGACCUGGUGGUGUGUUUGGACUACCUAAUGAAGGUGGGAGACUUCUUCACCAGUGGCACGGCCCAGGCGCAGGCUGAAGUGGCUGGCAGUUCAGCCACUCCGUCGACUGCCGGCGGGCCCCUGCCAGCCCCGGCCGCUGUGACGUCACGGGCGUCGCGUUCCUCCGUCACCAAGCAGAGCCGCACGUCGACUUCGCUGCAGGGGGUCCCCACUCCCACUCCCACUCAGCAGGUGCUGGCGGGGGAGUCACCUCCAAAGCCCGGCAUGAUGACUGUCAACAUCCACGUUGAGAUGCCGGACAUCAUCUUGGUUGAGAGCAUGGACACCGUCGACACCAAUGCCAUCAUUAUGAAUAAUGAAAUAAGUUUCAAGCUUAGAAUGUCGGACACACAUCUUGUUAUCACGGGUGGUAUCAAGGACCUGCAGUUGUACUCUUGCUGCUACAGCCCAGAUAAGCGCAAGGACACCAUGCAACAGAUCCUUCGUCCUUGUAGUAUAACUCUAGCUGGAUCAACCCCUGAGGGCCAGGGCUUGCAUCUGGAUCUGACUGUGACAGAUAUAAGACUUGGAGUUUCUCCAGCGACCAUUGAGUUACUGACUAAAGUACAGGCUGCCUUGACUGCAUCUGCCACAAAACAGGAUGAAAGUGAGGAGAAAGAGGCGGACUACUCAGAUCUCUGGACAGCAAAACCAUUCAAAGACACGGAUCAUUGGUUUCUCAUCACAGAGGAAGGUGAAGAUGCAGUGGCUGCCCUGAGUGGGGAGUCGGUGGUUGCCCCAGUGGUGCCUGAGGAGAAGCCCGUGAAGAAUGAGAUCUGCGUUAUAUCCGCACCCAGCAUUGUCAUCACUGUAGAGGCAGGCAUCGGGACACGGACAUUGCCGAUGAUCCUGCUGGAGAUGGGCUUCCAGGGCGAGGCUAAGAACUGGAGCUCACAGCUGUACGUGGACAGCAACCUGAGCGUGCAGAUGGCCUACUACAACAGCUACCUGGCGCUCUGGGAGCCGCUCAUCGAGCCGGUGGAAGUGCUGAAGGAUGGCAAGCUGUCUCACGCCCUGUGGGAGCUCCGUGCAGAGGUGUCGAUGAAUGCGGUGGAGCCUGUGCAGACUCCAGCUUCCUCAGACGAUGCAGAGGAAUUACCUUUCCAACCUCCAGCCAUGACAAUAGAUAUUACUUCAAAGGAUAACCUGGAGCUGACUGUGAGCAAGACGUGCCUGGAGGUGUUCAGCAACCUGGGGAAGGCGUUCCAGUCGGCAGUGUCAGGCCAGCUGCCACCACGCCAGGAGCAGACGCCGCCCUUCAUGGUGCGCAACGACACGGGGCUGACCGUCACGCUCAUGUUGGAGGACGGCCCAUUCCAGGUGGUGGGGCAGCCCGGCCCCGACGGCUACCGACAGGCGAUGCUCGAGUCGGGGGCAGUCGCGUGCCUCUGCCUACAGAGUGGGGAAGAGCCGACCACCCUCAGCGGGAAGCUCUGCCUGGUGCCCGUCGGCUCUGCGGCAGCGACGCCUGACCGCCAAGGCGGCGCGCCCUCUGCUCGCGACAGGAUGCUCACUGUCAAAGUCAGGGUCCUGGACCGGGAUUGCAUUCUAAGACUUCCCGUCGUACGUGCAGACAAAAGGUACUUCCCGUUAAAUCAUCGAGGGGAGAGCAACGAUCCGUGGGGAAUUGUGUCGGAGGUGACUGUGGAUGACAGCAGCACCAUAGUCACACUGAGGAGCAUCAUACAGGUGUACAACCACUUCAGUGAGCCAGUGGACGUGUACUACAUGACGCGGCGGGGCAAUGAGGUGGAGCGUGUGGGCACCGUGCAGGCCGGGCGGCCCCUCAACCUGCCACUCUACGCCAUCUACACACCCACCAACGAGCUCUUCUUCAGCGUCAAGGGGUACACUGUUUCAGUAAUACCAUUUGUGUGGAAGGAACUGCAGAAUAUGUUGACACAAAGCAAGAUGCUCCAGUGUGAACCAAAAGACAAGAAGGAUAAGGACCCAUUCUUUAUGAAGAUUGUGGGAGAACUGGAGCAGGUGUACUUCGAGCAGACGAGCCGGCACACGGUGGCGAGCUCCUGCUACAACAUCUACCUGCGGCCGGCCGUCAUGCUCAAGAACCUGCUCCCUGUGGACAUCAUCUGCUGCCUUGCGGGCACUGCCAAGGAGACGCGGCUCAAGCCGGGCCACCGUGCACAGGUGGCUACUGCCGAGCCGGGCAGCUCCGUCAUCAUCAUCAGGGUACCAGACUACCUUGAGAAGGAGUGGAUGGCCAAGCAUGAAGUUCAGGCAAGCCCACCAGAGUUUGCCGUGUGGACGUUCGAUUCGUACGACAGUGUCCAGAAGGUGUCGAUGGACCUCGGCAUCCAUACCGUGCACAAGAAUGGGUCCCUCGUCAUGUCCUUGUACUGUCCGUUUUGGAUGCUCAACAAGACAGGCAUGAUGCUCUCCUACCGGAAGUCACGUAAAACAGAGAAAAACGAGUCAUCCGGCAGCCCUCUCAAGCACAGGCAAUUUAAUCAGUCAGAUGAAACAACCAAUGUGCUAUAUCACCCAGAUGACUUCAAGGGACCAAUACUCUUCUCGUUCCGAGCCAAAGCAUUUUUCGGCAAGAAGAAAGCUUCGGUGAAGGUGGAAGACGGCGAGUGGUCCGAUAAGUUCUCGCUGGAUGUUGCUGGCAGUUCAGGGGUUGUGAACUGCAAGUAUGGCGAUACUGUUUACCAGAUUGGAGUUCAUAUCCGGCUGACUUACUCAGGCCUCACCAAACAAGUGACGUUCACACCUUACUUCGUCCUCAUCAAUGAAACAAAAUUCCUCGUCGAGUGCCAAGAAGCAGAGCGCACAGCCGACACCUGGACGAAGGUGAAACCUGGAGAGUGCUCUGCCCUGUGGCCACGGUCUCCCAGCAAUGGUGACCGAAAACUGCGGCUGAGAGUCCCCGAGCAGUCUGGCAUGACUGCCCCGUUCUCCAUUGGCACGGUGCACACGACUCUGCUCAGGAUUAACAACAAGUAUGGAGGUGUCAAUGUGGAUGUCCAGAUCACAGAGGGUGCGGCGUAUGUGAAGUUUACACCAUAUGAACCAGGAAUGGCACCAGCACUCAUCAUAAACCAUACUCGUGAACCAAUAAAGUUCACCGAGAAGGGAUGUAAGGAGAGCAGGACAUUGAAGCCACAUGAACAAGUGAUGUUUACCUGGGAGGAUCCAGCUGGAGCUAGAGAGUUGCAGUGGACUUCACCCAAAAAGAAAGAAAUUUCAGUUGAUCUACGUAAGGAUGCAGUUGACAGGACGCAGUUGACAGACAAUACAGAACUGUGGUGGGUUUCCUUUUUGGACGGCUUGCAGCGCAUUCUUCUCUUCACGGAAGACAUGGCGAUAGCGACUGCGUGCCAAGCCGCUGGGGACCUGGAGCCAUUUGACAGAGAGAUCAAGCUGUCAGUACACGGUGUCGGACUGUCCCUGGUGAACAACGUUGCUCGUACAGAGGUCAUGUACCUUGGAAUCGCAAGCUCUGGUAUCAUCUGGGAGACGUGCAAAUGGAACGGCAGGCGCUUCAAGCCACUGAGUGUGCGGGACGGGGCGUCGAUGGAGCUGGCGUACCAGCGCUACCUGCAGGAGGCGGCCGUGGGGCAGCAGCCGCCCACCACGGUCCUGGUCGACGGCAAGGUCGAGGUGGACUUCAAUGCAGAGGAGAUAAUACGGCCGAGCCGGCGCAGGCUGCGCCGCACCUACCACACGGGCCUGUGGAUGCAGCUGCGCACGUCGCCGCACCAGACGCAGCUGCACGCCAAGAUCAACCGGCUGCAGAUCGACAACCAGAUGUUCGACUGCAUGUUCCCCGUCGUGCUGGCGCCCGUGCCGCCACCCAGGAGCGUCGCUGCCGACAACGCGCUGAAGCCCUUCGCGGAGGUGAGCAUUGUGCAGAGGAUAAUGGAGCACAGCCCUGUGCAGCAGUUCAAGUACUUCAAGGUGCUUAUCCAGGAGUUCCACAUAAAGCUCGACUUGGGCUUCAUCAACAGCCUCAUCCAGCUGUUCAUGGCGGACGAACUCAGUGACGCGCAGGAGGCAGAACAGUUUGCAGCAGACUUAAAGGUGGUCGAGGAGCCUCUCCAGAGUCACGUGUCGAUGCAGUCUUCACAGGAGCAGAAGAACUUUUACGAUCUCCUGCACUUCUCACCGCUUAAGGUUCACCUGAGCUUUUCUCUGAGUGGAGGCGACUCGGGCUCGAACCAGCCGACACAGACGCCGCUGUUCCUGAACGUGCUGCUGCAGAGCUUGGGGGUGACGGUGACAGACAUGCAGGACGUCGUCUUCAAGCUGGCCUACUUCGAGCGGCAAUACACAUUCCUGACGCAGCGGCAACUGGUGUCGGAGGCGAUGUCGCACUACGUGGGGCAGACAUUGAAACAGAUAUACGUGCUGGUGCUAGGGCUGGACGUGCUGGGAAACCCGUACGGCCUCGUCGUGGGGCUCACGCAGGGUGUCGAAGACCUCUUCUACGAGCCCUUCCAGGGAGCCAUCCAAGGUCCAGGGGAGUUUGCCGAGGGUCUGGUUUUGGGUGUGCGCAGCCUGUUCGGACACACGGUUGGCGGGGCUGCAGGUGCCGUCUCCCGUAUCACUGGUGCCAUGGGGAAAGGGAUAGCAGCACUAACGUUCGACAAGGAGUACCAGCGUAAGAGGCGUGAGGCGUUGCAGCAGCGGGCACCCAACGUGCAGACGGGCCUGGCACAGAGCGGCAAGGGCCUGGUCAUGGGUGUAGUUGAUGGAGUGACCGGUGUGUUUACCAAACCCAUCUCGGGAGCCAGGGAGGAAGGCGUAGAAGGUUUCUUCAAGGGUGUCGGCAAGGGCAUGGUCGGCCUGGUCACGAGACCCACAGCCGGUGUCAUCGAUUUUGCCAGUGGCUCACUAGAUGCUGUCAAGCGUGCCACCGAAGUGGGUGACGAGGUGCUGAGGUUACGCCCGCCGCGCUUCUUCCGGCCGGACGGCCUGCUGCGGCCGUACAUCCGUGAGGAGGCAGAGGGCAAUAAGCUACUGCAGGAAGUGGAAAAAAAUAAAUACGCAUCAACUGAUACUUAUGUCGCCCACAUGGCUAUCGAGAAAGAUGUCGUUCUUCUGACGGAUAAAAGGAUAAUGUACAUAGUGCACGACCUAUUUGGAGCAUGGCAGGUUGAAUGGGGAUACCCUUGGGAGAUCUUAGCAGAACCACGACUCAUCGAGAAGGGUCUUUUGAUAUGUACUGUCGGAGCUCAUAAGAGGCUCCGCACAUUUUUCAGCUCGAAGGACAGUGGGAAGAUGCUGCUCGUCAAGGAGCCCGAGCGGCGGCAGUGGCUGUUUAAUAAAAUGACGGAAAUGAUAAAGAAGUGAAAAUAAUCUCUGGUGGGCUGAAGGCUGCAACGUCUUCCUGUCGCUGCUCACGUUACGAGGGAAUGCGAGCAAGAAUUACCGUGUCUCGGCCACUGUUCCUUUUGCUUUAUAUUAACAGUACAAAUGCUAACUUAACAAAGCAAUUAUGCUUAAAUUUUCUCUGAAAAGUAUUCCAGCUUUUUAGGAAAUGUCUGAAAUGUGUAAAUGAGGUCACUUAUUUUGGCUCUGGUAGUGUUUAGCUGCCUUUUGGCAAACAUUUAUGCAACAGUGUGCAAUGUGUUGAUUUUAUUUUUGGAAAAGGGCUGGUGUGUCAUGUGG